UUACCAAGUAUACAUUUCAUCUGUGGCUUUGGUCUCAUUCUACUAUAAGAGCAACUACAAAAUGAAUCACUAAAAAAAAAAAGCAUCUCUCGUUGUACAACUAAAGGAUAAAAAAUAAAAAGAAUAAGACGCCAUGUCGACUGUAGUGUUGGAAACAUCAAUGGGAGAGAUUACCAUCGAACUCUAUACAGAACACGCGCCAAAGACUUGUAAAAACUUUUAUGAACUCGCAAGGAAGGGCUACUAUAACGAUGUUAUUUUCCAUCGUAUUAUUCCUGAUUUUAUGAUCCAAGGCGGGGAUCCAACGGGAACCGGAAGAGGCGGCUCGUCUAUUUACGGUGAUAAAUUUGCUGAUGAAUUCCAUCCUGCUCUUAAGCAUACAGGCGCAGGCAUUUUAAGUAUGGCCAAUUCUGGACCCAACACUAAUGGAUCGCAGUUUUUCAUCACGCUGGCUCCAACACCAUGGCUAGAUAAUAAACAUACGAUUUUUGGACGUGUUUCUGCGGGCCUCAGGGUGGUCAACAGGAUGGGUCUAGUUGCAACCGAUUCAAACGAUAGACCCAAAGAGCUGGUCAAGAUCAUUCGUGCCCGGGCAGAGUAAUAAAAAAAAAGGAUCGAAAGACUGAUGGGCAGAAAUCGAGAUCAGGAGAGAGAGAUAGAGAGAUGCACUUGUAAUUAUAAUAUCAAAUAGAAGAAUCAAGGACAUGAGCUCGGAACUAAUGAAGUAAAGCAAAAGGACAAACAAUAGAGGUAUCUUCUACAGCGCUGUCGUCUGUAUGUAAUAUAGGCUUGGCAGGUUUUCUAUUCCAGCAGAGUAUUCUGAAUAACCAAAGCAGAUUAACGUGAUAGUCUGCGUGGAAAGACUCUUAUGCAACCUUUUGAGUGUGCACAUGUCAAGACCUUGUCAAAUUCUAUUCUAGGAACUCGAUAUGAUUGAUGAGCAAUUAAAAAAAAGGAACGCAUUGACGAGUGGUCAGGGUUUCUAUCUUCUUUUAC